GACAUUGGCUGGUGCUGACUUUGUUCGGGAGGAUCUCCAAACGCCGGCAAGGUUUGGGAACUGUCCCGGCUGGGUCAGGAUCUCUCGGCAGCUCGAACCCCUCGUCUGUGGCGUGCCGCGCGUUUACGCCAGGCAUGAAGUCGUGGAUCGUGGGAGUGUUGGCCGUGGUGGCCGGGGCAGCUGCCCUGGUGGCCGGCAUCCUGCUGGGGCACUUUGCCAUUCCCAAGAGCGGGGGUGAGGAGGCGAAGGUGGAUCAGCCGGCACAGGACGUGGACCAGGAGAUGAUCCAGAGCUUCAUGGACCAGGUGGACAAGGAGAGGAUCAGGGAGAACCUCCGGGCCCUGUCCAAGACGCCACACAUGGCCACCACCCAAGGGGAUGUUGACCUGGUGCAGCUGCUGCUGCAGAGAUGGAGAGACCCAGAGUCGGGCCUAGACCAGGCCUGGAACGUCACCUACCAUGUGCUGCUCUCCUUCCCGCGCAAAGACAGGCCCAACCGGGUCACUGUGGUGGCCCCCAAUGGUGCAGAGCUUUACAAGUCUCGGAUUAAGGAGGUGAAUUACACCCAAGAUCAGCUGGAUCCAGAGGUGGUGCAACCGUUUGCUGCCUUCGCUCCCAAGGGCAUUGUAAUGGGCAAGCUGGUCUACGCUAACCAGGGCACCGUGGAGGACUUCCGACAGCUGGCGGAGGUGCACGGUCUUGACCUGAACGGUACGGUGGUCAUUGUCAAGUAUGGAGGCACUGGACGGGCGGACAAGGGUAUUAAUGCAGCCCGAUAUGGCGCAGUGGGGCUCGUCGUCUACACCGACCCAGGGGACAUGAACGACGGCAGGGUCAGUGACAAGAACGAGACCUACCCUCACUCCUGGUACCUGCCACCCUCCGGCGUCGAGAGAGGCUCCUACAAGCAGAACUUCGGAGACCAGCUCACUCCCUACUACCCUGCCAAAGAUUAUGCGUUCAGGCAGAAUGAAUCGGACAUAACAGGACUGUCGCCAAUCCCCGCACAGCCCAUUGGGUUUGAAGAUGCCAGGCAACUCAUCUGCUCCCUGGGUGGUCCUGAAGCCCCCACAACAUGGCAAGGUGGUCUGGGCUGUACCUACAGACUGGGACCUGGCUUCGACAGCCUGACCUCCUUCACAAACAGUGAGGUCCGUGUCAGUGUGUUCAAUGAGAGGGUGGUGAGACCAUCAGAUAACGUCAUCGGUAUUAUCCGGGGAUCGCUGGAACCAGAUCGCUACGUGAUCUACGGGAAUCACCGUGACAGCUGGGUUCACGGUGCCAUUGACCCCAGCAGUGGCACCGCCGUCAUGCUGGAGAUCACCAGGGUGUUGGGCAAGAUGGUGAAGGAAGGAAAAUGGCGGCCGCGGCGUUCCAUCGUCUUCGGCAGCUGGGGAGCCGAGGAGUUUGGGCUGAUCGGCUCCACGGAAUGGACUGAGGAGUUCUACAAGACGUUGAGUGAACGAGCGGUGGCGUAUGUCAACGUGGACAUCGCCGUCUUCGCCAAUGCCACUUUUCGAGCCUCUGGUAGUCCGGCAGUCCAGGAUGUUGUGUUCAGCGCAGCGAAACAGGUACCAGCUCCGGGUCACCAGGAUCGGACUGUCUACAGUAACUGGUUGAAGCAUUCGAGCCGAGAAAGUCCUCUCCACGGAUCCAUCCCCUUCAUGGGCGCCCUGGGAUCGGGCAGUGACUACGCAUCUUUCUUCCACUAUCUCGGGAUUAGCGCCAUGGACAUCGCAUACACCUACAACAAGUCAAAGACGAGUGCUCGCAUCUACCCAGCGUACCACACCGCUUACGACACCUUUGACUACGCCUCUCGAUUCAUCGACCCAGGAUUCACCAGCCACCAGGCUGUGGCACGGACAGCCGGGAACGUGGUGAUCCGUCUCGCCGACGCCUCCCUCCUGCCCUUCAAGGCCCGGGACUACUCCGAAGCCCUGGCCGAACUCUACCAGCAGGCCGAGCAACACCUCGGGACCACCCUGGCACAACAGGGCAUCUACCUGGAACACCUACAACGCGCCGUUAUUCGAUUCAGCGGCGCUGCAGAACGGUUCGACCUGCGAAUGUCCGAAAAUCGCCAACUUCUGAAGUGGUGGGUCCCAUCCUCACCUCCGACCUCUGAGCCUCCCUCCCCGUCGAUCUUUGAACUCCGAGGUCAAACUCAAGGGGGGGAGAAUGUACCAUCAAAGGCCGGACUCUCAAUAGCGCUGAUGUACGGGGGAAAUCUAGGGGGGUCCACAGUCCACAGCCCCCCCUGAACAUGGCAACACAAG